AUGGAGCUCCAACCACUGGCAGUCGACGAGACGGGCCAGACAUUCACACAGCCGCUGCAUGCACGCGCAAGUCAGGACCGAAUUUGUUCUCGGCCUGCUUGCCGGGCGCUCUAUCAUUUCUUUGUAGUGGUGGUUGUGCUUGCACUGGCCAUCACUUGCUUGACGGCGGCGCAUCCUUUACAUGCCUUCUCCCUUUCCAGACUAGUUGGCUUGGCAGCGGUCGGUGCAGCUCCAUUAUUAAUCGACCCGAACAGCAUCCAGCCCCCGCUCGUGAACACGACUAAAUUGCUUGAGCAGGCGUUGUUUUACGGGCAUGCGUCUGUGGCCACGACGGCGAGUGCAAAGAACCACUCCUGGCCACCUGCAGCACUGAAACAUGCAGGCGAGGACUGCUGGCGAGCUUGUGGCAACGUAUCCGGCGACUGUGCCUGGUGUGGUAUUGGAAAUGCCUGCUGCCGGCAGGGUGCAACGAUGGACCCACCAGAAUGCGAAGGCGCUACCUUCGCGACCACCAAGUGGCAUACCUGCGUGACGCCAGCAAGGCGCUUUUUUUUGAAGCAUGCAUCACAAGAUUGCCUGUUACACUGCAAUGGCCGCAGUGGGUAUUGCGAUUGGUGCGGUUCAGGAAAUGUUUGCUGCAUGGAGAGGGCUGCUUCUGUGGACGCUCCAGAGUGCAAGGGUGCGUAUUCCUUCAGAAUCAGCAACGAGUACCGGUGUGUGCCCACCACGGGUGUUUGUGAUGUGGGAGUUGGAGAGCUUCCAGAUGGCAAAGGUGGCUGCAAGAAGCCAGACACGGCUCCAUCCACCGGCUUCUACAUGUACAAGGCGUCCUCGCCGUUUUGGCCUCGUGAGCUGAACCUGAGCACGAACAUGGGUAGUUUGGGAGGCGUUCUUUGGUAUCUGCACAACGACAUCGUCACACAAUGUCCACGCAAGCACGGAAUCGACCGAAUUGAGCGGUUCUUUGUCACGACCAAGCCGACCGACGCGCUUUAUCAGAACGGCAAACGUUUGUUCGACAGCUUCGGAGAAUUCCGACAAGGCAAAGUGCAGGACCCCACCUUCAAGGCGAGUCACUGGGACAAGUACGGCUACAAUGUGGGCUGUGUCCGAGUCGACCCGAGGCAAUCCAUAGCAUUUUACCCUGAUGCCAUUUGGUAUUCACUCCCGGGGCGAUGCCCGACGCAAGAGAUCGCAAGCAAAACAGAGCGGUGCGAGCUUGAACAGCCCGGUGGAUAUUGUGAUACUCCGAACGGCAAUCGUACUUGCACUUGGACCGCGACAUAUGCAGGGGAGGUCUUGCUUGAUGACCUCGCUGGCAUAACAGAUCCGGUCUCGUUCUGCAACUUGGGCGGCUUCGAGUACGACAUUGGCCUGGAUAAAGGAAUCCAAAACGACUUUUGGAAUGGAAAGCUCAACUUGGAAGCAUGCAGCCGUCGUGUCGACCAAGUGCAGAUCGAGCCACUUGUACUUGCAUUAGUGAUCCGAUGCUGGGCGAGUGCAUUCCUUGGCACGGACAUCAACCAUGAGAUUCCGGCGCAUGCUUCAGCCCGGGCUUCGGAGAAGACUCUUGACCCGGAGAGUCGCAUCGGAAGUUUGCGCAGCGUUCUGCCUAUCCGACACGGUGCCUACAAGCUUGAAAUCACUUGGCCAGCCGAUGCUCUGUCGGAAGCUCAGUUUUUUUUUGACUUGCGUCUGUUUCAAGCAAGGCUUCCCAACAGGAUCUCUGCAUUUUCUGCUACCAGCAAAGUAGACGGCGACCACGAGACUAUGGUUGCAGAGGUUGCCAUCCGUGAAGAUCCCGGAUUUACCUCCGCGCCGCUUGUGAUAACAUUCCUGCUCCCAGAUGGGGUAAGCACGAGAGAUGUAUGGUUCUACGAAAGCCCUCUUGGGUUGGACUUCAGCAUGCGCUUGCCGAUGAAGGUGAAGGCCGUCAAGCCUGGCUUCAUUGGUGAGCACAGCAAGGUGCAAGUUGGCUGGACGAUCCUGAAAAUCGACGGCAGGCCCGCACCGGGCAGCUUCGAUGCAACGCUGAUGAUGCUGCAAUCGAGGCUACAAGGGAUGAGGCGUCACUGA